AUGGCGAGGACCAAGCAGACUGCACGCAAGUCCACAGGCGGCAAGGCGCCUCGGAAGCAAUUAGCCUCUAAGGCCGCUAGAAAGUCCACCCCUAGCACUGGUGGUAUCAAGAAGCCCCAUCGCUACAGGCCUGGCACUGUGGCUCUUAGGGAGAUCAGACGCUAUCAGAAGAGCACUGAUUUACUCAUACGCAAGUUGCCCUUCCAGCGCCUUGUUAGAGAGGUGGCCCAAGACUUCAAGACCGACUUGAGGUUUCAGACCAGUGCUGUGAUGGCUCUACAGGAGGCGGCUGAGGCUUAUCUAGUGGGCCUCUUUGAGGACACCAACCUGUGUGCUAUUCAUGCUAAGCGUGUGACCAUCAUGCCCAAGGACAUGCAGUUGGCCAGAAGAAUUCGGGGCGAGCGCUCGUAG